UCCAACCCCCCCCCCUCACCACCACCACAACAACAGCAAACUUGGAGCCACCAACCCACCGCAGUUUAUUUCCUAGUGCUACACGUGAUGUACAGCUUCAGUGCCUCUUGCUGUUCUGAGGCGGGCACGGAGAGUUAAGGCACGUGUCCUGUGCCGUGGUGGCCCUUCAAGCUACACCAACACUACCCAGUGCCCACUACAGUCACGAAAUCUACAGCAGCAACACUACCCAGUGCCCACUACAGUCACGAAAUCUACAGCAGCAACACUACCCAGUGCCCACUACAGUCACGAAAUCUACAGCAGCAACACUACCCAGUGCCCACUACAGUCACGAAAUCUGCAGCAGCAACACUACCCAGUGCCCACUACAGUCACGAAAUCUACAGCAGCAACACUACCCAGUGCCCACUACAGUCACGAAAUCUACAGCAGCAACACUACCCAGUGCCCACUACAGUCACGAAAUCUGCAGCAGCAACACUACCCAGUGCCCACUACAGUCACGAAAUCUACAGCAGCAACACUACCCAGUGCCCACUACAGUCACGAGAUCUGCAGCAGCAACACUACCCAGUGCCCACUACGAAAUAACAAAAUCUGCAGCAGCAACACUCUUGAGUGUUGCUCUAUGAAGCUUUAGAGAUAACCAAGGCUAACUAAUUCAACGUAACGUGACUUCGGGAGUCAUUCCUCAGUCAAGACAACUCAUUGACAUAAUAAUUCAACAAGAAGCCCUAAGGCACCAUAAAGGAAAACAAUUGCAUAAAUAACUUGUGAACUGGAAGGGGAAAUGUUGAAUUAAAUCAAGAACGUUGAUAAGUGUUAGUGGGAUGGAGUCUGGAGAGCCCAAGGUGAUUUUCAAAAGUGACCUGGCCGUGCCUCAAGCAACUGCUGCAGAAUUCCACUGGGGUCGCCGCCAGGUGCACACCUUAAUCAGUAAAGUUGAGGAAUUCUUUGAAGAUUUCUAUGACGGCACCAAGAAGAAGAAAUUCAUCUGGAAUGCCGUGGCAAAGCGGAUGCAAGAGGAAGGGUUUAACUGCACUGGCAGCGAGUGUGAUAAAAAGUGGAGAAAUCUUAAGGGGACUUACGUGAAGGUCCUGCAGAAGCAGAUACAUGGCGACAACAGCUACAGGUUUGAAUACUUUGACUCUCUACAUCACAUCCUCGGCAAGGAGAUCGACCCUCUUGGAAUGAGAGAGCAAGCGAUGACCAGUGGUGCAGUUCCGCAGCCAGAAAAUAAAAUGAUGCCUAUGGACUACAAUGAUCUUGUUGUUGAUGAGGGCUUUGUCUGGACUAACUUAGCAGUACAUCUCCUGUUGGACUUAAUCCAGGAACAUCGUGAUGAUUUCUUGUCCCCUUCCACCUACAUUGAUGAAAUAUGGGAGGAAGUUGCUCAACAGAUGACUCUUGAAGGCCAUGCUGUCCAUAGCAAGCAAUGUCAACAUAAAUGGUUGAACCUGCAGGAGGGUUUAAGAUUCUACCAGAUGGAGGCCGAGACAACUGGUUCCAUCUCUCUCUGGGCUUUUUAUACCCGGGUCAGAGAUAUUGUCAACUCUAUGAACGUUGCUACUAAUGUUCCGAUUGAUUGUAAGCCAGUAUUGGAGAGUGGCGGAACAUUGGGGCUAACUAGGAACCUCGGUAGAGGACGACCAGAGACACGAAGAGUCGUGAGGGCUGGCAAAGAUCUUGGGGGCCAAGACAGGAGCAUCUUAGACCGUGUGCAGGAAUUGGAGGCAAGUUUGAGCAUAGAUCGUCGCUUGGAGCAUCUCGAGUCCAGAGCAGAAUCUGAUCGCAUGCAGCGAGAUGCCUACAAACAGACCAACGUUGUUCUAAAGCAGAUUUUGUCAGAAUUACGUAGGAUUAACAGCAUUCUGGAAGAGGAGCAGAGCUUUCAGCACAACUCAGAGGUGCAGCAUACCAUAACCCACCAUCAGCACCAGCAGCAGCAGCAGCAGGAGCAGUACCCUGGCAGCCCAAAUCAAGGAAUUAUUAUUGUUGAAGCAUAUUCUGGUCAACUGUAAAACUUGUUUGCAUAUUGUAAAUUCUGUUACCUCUAUUUGUUGUUGUAUUAAUGACUAGUACAUCAAAUUUUUAUAUCUUUGACCCUUAGUUUUGCUCUCAUAUUGGCAUCCUGAAUGAUAUGCAUGUCAUUAAAUUUCUUGGAUAAGAUGAACACACACAAAAAAAGGAAGCUGCAGAAGACCCAUCCCUGGAAACACAAACUGAAACUGUCUACAAGUUUUCCGCUUGCUACAACUUGUAAUAAAGUUGUUACAUCUUGGCUUAACAUGUUUAUGACGAAUUAGAACGUUGUUACAACUUGCUAUAUUGGUUGUUAUAACUGGUUAGGAGGUGUUAAAACUUGUUUGAACAUUGUACCAACGCCGUAGUUUCGGUGUGUGUUUGGCGGGAUACGUCUCUAAACUACAAGUGAAACCAUCCAGCAAUUCCAAUGUCAAUUUUGUUACCCAGUAAUUUUUUCCAUAACUCUGCAACCCUGUUUCCAAACCAGUAUUUAUUCAGGUCUUUCCUGAAUCUAACCUUAGCCAAUUUAUAUCUAUUGUCUCCUUUUAUAUCUGUUGUUUCCUGUUUUAUUUUGUGUGAUAUAUCCAAGACAUUUAUAUUCCUUUUCUCACAGCCUUUCCUUCAUUCACCCCCUCAUGGGUGAUGCCUCAGAGUGGAGAGGAUGCUCUUGUGCACUGAUUUAGGGCACAUGAGGUUAAAGGACAAGUUUGUUAGUAGUCAUCCACAUCUUAACAUUAAACAAAUCAUAGUGUAUUUGAGAAAUACAUCAAUAAAAUAGAACUAAAAAUAACUCAUACCCAAAUUGCAAGUAGAGCAGAAGGAAAUUCCCUAGUUCCCUUUGAUAAAAUUCAACAGGCAUAUAGAAAAAUUUAAUUUUGCAUAAUUAUGAUAAAAUUAAAAACUAU